AUGGCCAACUUUGGUGCACAGCAUCUUCGUCGUCCUCCCCGUUCGACGGUGCAACAUCAUCAGCGAAGAUUUACUGGUACUCUCGAACCAUCCCCACCUACUACUCCUAAUGUCGCUCCCUCCACUCAGCUGAUCACUUCAAUCCUCAUCCCAGACUUAAUUAGUCUUAUCACCCGAUGCAGCCAAGAUCCGAUUUCCGGCGGUACAUAUGGAAAUAUUUACAAGUGUAUAUACGACGGACCAGAGGGCAAUGAAGAGGUUGCCGUCAAAGUGAUCCGACCACAAUUUUUUAGUCCUGAGACGUUUCGGAGAGAGCUUGGAAUUUGGAAGAGGUUGAGGCAUUCUAAUAUUUUGAAAUUCAUGGGUACAACGUCCGACUUUGGUGGUUGCUCCAAUAACGAGGCCCUUGGGCUGCGUGAUCGUUUGCUUUCGCUUCGUGACAUUGCUGCUGGCUUCAACUAUCUUCAUACGUUUAGCUUGACAGAAGACGGACGUACAGACUUGAACCCCGUGGUUCAUGGAGACCUCACUGGUACCAACGUCCUCAUCGAUGGUAAUAGAAAGGCAUAUCUUGCGGAUUUUGGCCUUUCCGGAACUUUUAAAAAGUUGACCGGCAUGACGUACCUCGCGAAGAUGACUUGUCAUCCAGGAGCAGUGAGAUGGGCAGCUCCUGAACUUCUUUCCGGGGAAGAAUCAGAUUCUGCAGCCACCACUCAAAGCGACAUGUACUCCUUUGGUAGCAUCAUACUUCAAGUUUUAACGGGAAAUGUGCCCUGGUGUCACUUGACCCGUGAAUUCCAGAUCUCGUACCAAGUGGUUAUUGAAGGGAAAAUGCAUUCCCGUCCAGACGAUGUUUGUGUCACUGACCCGCACUGGGAUUUUAUGACCCGUUGCUGGUCUAUGUCAUUGACUGAUCGGCCUCCUGCCAAGGAAGCAGUUCGAUUUGUUGAUAGCGCUUUGCACCCAAACACGAGUCCCCAGAGCUUGACCACGAGUCCGCAGACCCCGACGUUGUCGAUCUCCAGCGACGAGCGACACCCGGGUAUAACACGUAAUGAUUAUCUUCGGAGGGACACUGAUGCUCGACUUCCGGUGAUGGAUGACUAUGAUUCACCAUUGGACGCUCGGGAAAAACCGUUGGACGCUCGGGAAAAAUUAUUGGGCGCUCGGGAAAAAUAUUCUGGGGUUAUGCUGCCUGCGUAUCCUUCCACUAUUUAUACGACUAGCUUAGAACCAUCAUGUAAGACCCCGUAUCGUUACUGAGGACGCAAUCAAACCUGCCUCGACCUCGCAUCAGGGACUUCUCCGCA